AUGACCAGAAGCGUCAAGAAAUGAAGUGCAAACACUUUGUUAUCUUACUUAAAUAAAUGUUGUUUAUCUACUGGAGUGAUUACUUUUUACUUUUACUUCUGCUACUUACAUUUUCACACCAUUAUCUGAACUUUCUAUUCCUUACAUUUUAAAAAUAGCCCCGAUACUCCUAAUUCAUUCAUCAUCCAAAAAAAAGGAGUGAAUUUGACUGUGGUUGGAUGAGAAGUGUAAACAUAUACCAUUCUGACACCCUAAUGGUUUAUACACGAUCCAUCACACCUGCACAUGUCACGUCACACUCCAGCAAGAACAUAGCAGCAUAUGUAGCCUAGUAUGAAGAUGAUUCGUCCAACUAAGCUUUUUUAAUAUAUUUUCAUUGUACUAAAACGCAUUCAUUUUCAAUAGGCUUUUGUCCUUAAUGGCUUAAUUACUUUUAAUUGUAUAAUUUAAGUUUAAAACCAGUACUUUUACACUUUUACUUAAGUAAAAAGCUUGAGAAGUAUUUUUAAACCCUACUAUUUAUACUUCUUCCUGAGUAAUUAAUGUGAAUAUUUUUUUUACACCUUUGCCUAAUGACGUUGCACCUACUUUUUGAUACGUUACACCACAUAGUCCAAAUGUACCCCUGCCCCACACAUUUUAUAGCACUAAUACCCUACACCUGAAUAGACUCCCCACUUCAGGACUAGUCAUUCAUGGGUUUAAAGUGGGCUGGGGCAGAGCAAAGGCAGAACUGGACACCACUGCCCUUUUUUGCCUGGAGCUAAUUAGCAUCCCAGUGGUCUCAGUGGCUGAGGAGCUGUAGUCUGGAAGGGUGGUGCUCGGAGCGCUCUACAGCUAUAAAGCCCCAUUUGCUGCUUAGAGACAGCAGCACUCAUACACACAUACACACACUCACAUACCUAUACACUCACACUGAAACUCACUGACUCUCAGCAGCCCCUGCUGCAGGAUGUUAUCACAUGUAUCUCCACACCUUUCCACAGCAGACCUGACAGCUCCGUGAUAAAUGCGCUUUUUCUGGCUGGGAUUAUGAAGAGCACACAUGAGAAAAAUGACACUUUUUCGUGACUUUCGACUCUUUGAUCACUCUGGCACAACCCUGGAAUUAAUCUAAACGAUAUCUCUGCGAUUCCCUUCUACUUUUGCUUCUUCAGCCGGACACGUUGUGUUGGAUUAAGAGUGGGAUGGCCAAGGCAUCCUGGAUUAAUUUGGGCGUUUUGCUUUUAAUUGGAUUCACAGCUGCAAACGCCAACGGUUUCCCGCAGCCUUCUGAAGAGACUCUCAAGCAGAACGCCACCGCGCAGGCGCAGUCCGCCAGUGCCGCGAGCGCAGCGGUUUCGUUGCACGCGGCGGCGCGCGGGCGCAGAACGCGGAGAUGCACGUGCUAUACGUACAAGGACAAGGAGUGUGUUUACUACUGCCACCUCGACAUUAUCUGGAUCAACACCCCAGAGCGCACCGUCCCGUACGGCAUGUCGAGUUACAGGGGCUCACAGCGAGCGCGGCGCUCCGUGGCAGACUGGAAUGAGGCUCACCGCUGUGUGUGUGCUCUGCAGAGCGACUCGGCAUGCAGCAGCUUCUGCAGCGCGAGGGGAAGGUCACCAUGACCUUCAGUUCCAGAAACGCUAAUCCAUACUGGAAAUGUCUCAACCAUGCAUUCUUCUGUCCUAACACCUGGAGACUCACCUCAAGGGAAUGGCUUACCUCUGUCUGAGAAGGAGGAAUUCCAUAAUUCAAAGGAGACAUGAGAGGGAAGAGGAAAGGAACAGUGGAUUUUCUAAGGAAGGCUCACACUAUCGAGAAGCAGGAUUUGAUAGUAAAUAAUCAUAGAGCGACCAACUUUAAGCUAACUCAUCUCAUUAGGGCCUCUCUUCUGGACCUUCGUGGCAACCUAAGCUAAUGUUCCAUCUCUGCACACAACAGAGGACCUUCCAGAUUCUCAUGACUAACAACGGAUCGGUUUACAAUUGUUUUGAAGCAGUUAUCUGUCUGUGCUUAGUCUCCUUUACUACAGAUACGUGUGUGACUAACAUUUGCUAUGAUUGGACUUCCAAAUGCAGCGUGCAUGGCAGGUUUGGUUACUGAGCCUCAAAGGCAACCUGAGAUUUUCAGUGAGAUAGACGGUUUCAUACCGCACUCUCCGAGAUGACAGUUCUUAUAAUGCUUCUGAUUAGACGGCACUUACAGUACGUAUGGACUCACAAGCAGAGGCUUGUACAUAAAGUAACACCUUUCAAGCUGUCAGUAGACCGGUUUCAUUCUAUGUAACUGUGAAAAACUUAUUGCAACUGUAAUUAUGCUGUUUCAUAAUAUAAGUACACGCAAUAUUUUUUAAAUAUGUUGUAAAUAUGGUUGUUGACUCAGUUACAGUAUAUUGCGUUUGUUCAUUUGUUUAACACUUAAUUUCAUAGUCGUAUAUAGUCCUAUUUUGUAUUGACACACCUCUUUUGUACUAAAAAAAUACAUUUCUGAUCACUAACUUGGUCCAUCAGCUCAUUUUGCUUCUUAAAGGAUUCUUAAAGACAAAAGGAAGACCUCCUAGCUUUGUUUGUUUGGUCAUAAAGGGGUUCUAAAGCAUUAUGUUAACAUUCAUUGUGCACAUACAUACACUGUUUUACACAAUUGAAAAGAUUAUUUCAGAUUUAUUGUAAAUGAGAUACCAGGUUUAAAAAAAAUACUUAUCAGCCAUUGGAUUCCUGAUUUUAAAGGGUACAGAAUUCUACAAUUAAUGGUCAGUGUUUUGGGGUGACCAUUCCUGCAACAUCUAAUAUAUUAAUUAAAAAUAGUGAAAAAGAGUGGUCCGGUAUGCGCUCUUUGCGCUCUAUGUUUCUACUGUAUUUCAUAAAUGAAAAAUAUUAAGAUAAUAUUAUAUUUAAAAACACAGUACUCUUCCACAUGCUUUGUGAAGUCUCCAAUCCCCAAAAUCUAUAAACUGUCAUUUUAAAAGGGCACUAACCCCCUGAUUUUUGCUGACUCCACCCUCAGCUCAAAUUUAAAAAAGGGAAAAAUGGGUUUAGAAGCAGAGCAGGUGCAGGGAGAGCUGAUUGGUUGCGCUGCAGCAGCAGCAGUGUGCCUGAUAUUGGUGAGACGCAGACUGUUGUAAGUCAUUAUUGAUUGACUGAUCUGCAAACAAAAGUACACAGACACAUCAUCCACACCUAUGGCACAGUUGAACCUGCAGAGGAGAUUACCACAAUAAAAGUGUUUUUUAAAGGUUAAGAAAAGUACUUCUAAUGAUUCUAAUUGCCUAGCCUAUUUUUUAGCAUGGUUCUGGAAUUGAAAGUAAAUUUCUGUAUGGCACACUACCACUAUUUAUGCAGCGCUCCUUCAAUUACAUGACCAAAGUGUUUCCGACCAAAAACUGUCAACCCACUUUUUUGAAUUAAUGUUCUGUUUUUCUACUUCUUUAUGGCCAAGACACAUAUUUAUGUACAAACCCAUGUACAGUACAUCUGUUUGAUAUUAAAUUAAAGUAAUCUAUUACUAUUA